UAUCCUGUUCUACAGGGUCAUGGGGCCCAGCCCUUCCAAAGAAAGGAAUUCUUUCACAUGCUGGCUUAUAAAAGGAGAACCAGGUGAGACUGUUUCUGACACUCUCACUCGUGGAGGACAUUGUGGCUUUAACAAGCAUCUAGAGCAUCCAGCCAUGCCUGUCUCAAUUCAUGGUAGUGUUCAUGGUAGUGCUUCCUACAGCACAAGCAGAAUUAGGAGGUCAAGUUCCCAAAAUUCGGUUUGUGGGAUUGGGCUGAAAACUCUGCCUAGCUCAAAUCACUCUAUCUUUGGUGACUGCGGUCUGAAGGAUUUUUCAUCCUCUUGUGAGCUUUCAUUAAUUGGAAAUGAAAAGUUCACUAUGCAGAAUCUUAACAGCCGUCUGGCAUCAUACCUGCAGAAGGUGCUCUCUUUGCAAGAUGCCAAUGCCAACCUUGAGCAGAAAAUUAAAGAGUUUUAUGAAAGCCGAACCUUCAGCAGGAGAGAUCUGAGUAAACAUUACAUCAUCAUUGAAGACCUCCAGAAACAGAUUCUUUUUAGGACCAAAGAAAAUCAAGUGACUUACCUAAAGUUGGACAAUGCUAAUCUAACAGUUGCUGACUUUAAGAAUAAGUUUGAGGCUGAGAGAAACAUAUACUUGACUGUAGAAGCAGACCUGACUCGUCUGCGCAUGGUUCUUGGGGAGACUAAGAUGGUAACCAAAGACCUACAAAUCCAGCUAUCUGGGCUAAAAGAAGAACUGGUUUUCCUCAAGAAGAGCCACGAGGAGGAGAUGCACAUGGCUCGUACCCAACAGAGCAGCUCAGUGAAUGUGGAAGUUGAUGCCGCUCCAGCUGUAAACCUUGAUAAUGAGCUGCAGGAGAUGCGAGAGAAAUAUGAGGCACUAAUCCUAAAGAACCGCCAACAAAUUGAGCAGUGGUUCCAGACCAAGGUAAAGAAUUUGAACAUAGAAGUGCUUAAAAGCCACACUGAGAUCACAAGCUCCCAAACAACCAUCAGUGACCUAAAGAAAACCUACCAGACCCUGGAGAUAGAAAUUAAAGGGAUUCAUGCACAGAUUACAAUCCUGCAGAAGGAUCUGGUUCAGGUGGGGACACGUUAUGGUGAGCAGCUAUCACAGCUGCAGCUGUACAUAGACCAACUACAGACAGAGCUGCAGCAGAUCAAAGCCAACAUCCAACAACAGACCAUGGAGUACGAGCUGCUUCUGGACAUCAAGAUGAGGCUGGAGCUGGAGAUAGCUGAAUACAGGAGACUGCUAGAGGGAGAAAAGAAAGAAUAUACCGGUAGCAAGACAAAGACCGAAGUACAUGUGCAAACAAGACAAGAGAUACAAAAGGCAGAAGAAGAACAUCAUUCCCACCAGAGACGUGUGAAGAUUAUCAAGGAGGAGCUGGUGGAUGGAGUAGUUGUGGCCACUUCCGUGGAAGAGCAAAUGCAAGAUUUAGCCCACUGAAUAGAGAAUUCAACAGUCUAAUGUUGCUUUACAUAUACUUAUUAUAAUAUGCUUCUACAGACGUUGAUUAAAAUAAUAAUGCAAAGAUUUGGGCCAUUUGGAAUGCAUUAGGAGAUUCAUGCUGCUGUGCAAAGGCAAACUGCAGUAUCUGCAGAAUCACUGAACUUACUUAUGUAAAUGGUAGUUUGCUUUGGUUUGACAUGGUAAAUUUGUAGUUGCUGCAAAUUUCAAACACUCGUAACUUGAAGCUGGAGCAAUGUACAGCCACAGAACUUUCACAUAUAAUACAGCACUUAAACUUCAGACUCAAUUAUGCAAAAUAUGCUGAUACGGCAGUUUGUUUUUGCACGGCAGCAUGCACUGUUGAAUAUUUGUGUGGUGGUGCUUAUUAUAAAUGGUGCUGAGUGAACUGUUUGGCUUUGGGGUAUAAGGUAACAUUUUCAAAAAUACAGUUUAGCUCCUCGGUGUCAUGUUAAUCAAACUUUAUCACAUUAGUCAUGCUAAUCAAAUUAUUCAUUACAGUACCAAGUAGUGUGUGCUGCCUACUAUAAUGAAAAAAAAAAAACAAUAUUCUUUUUCAGACUCAUGCUUUGCUUUCAAAAUAUUCUGUUACAAUAAAACUAAUUGGGCAAGCAAGCUAA